UUCGUCACCGUGCCCUUUGCUGCUGUUACAGGCGAUGCCGUGCUGAGGGACGCCCCACCCCCGCCAGCGGUGCGCUGUACCGCCCCUUCUGCCGACCAUGUGGCCGUCGACUCUGCUUCUCCUCGUCUGCUCGGCAGGAGCAGCCUACGCACAGUAUCCAUACACCAAUGGAACCUCAAGACUGACUUCGCCCCAAAGAGCAAAAACAGGAACAAGAACUCAUACUUACAUUUCUCCAUCUCAUCGAGUGGUCAGAGGGCCACCCAGACCUCCUCCUGCUCCAACUCCCAAGCGUGGCGACAUCCCUAUCACAGAUAGUGAUGAAGCCUAUGCAGAGUAUGAGGGUGAAGCUCACCCCCUCAGCGAAUCUUAUCCUGAUUUUCAAGGUUCAAAGUGGCGAGGGUACCAGCCACACAAGUUACACCCUUGUGAUCAAAGCUCAUGCUACCCUGCCACUGGAAACCUUUUGAUUGGGCGAGAGAAGCAGCUCCAUGCAACUUCGACUUGUGGAUUAAGAGAAGAGGAACGCUACUGUAUAGUUUCCCAUUUACAAGAAAGCAAAAAGUGCUUUAGAUGUGACUCAAGACCUCAUGAACGUAAUCCUGCAAAAUCUCAUACUAUUCAGAAUGUCAUCUAUAGAGACAGUCCAGACUCAAGAGUCAGGUCAUGGUGGCAAGCAGAGAAUGGGAAGGAAAAUGUUUCAAUUCAAUUGGAUUUGGAAGCUGAAUUUCAUUUUACUCAUGUCAUCAUCACUUUUAAGACAUUCAGACCAGCUGCCAUGUUGAUUGAGCGUUCUUAUGAUUUUGGUGACACUUGGAAGGUUUAUAGAUAUUUUGCAUUAAAUUGUGACCAGUCAUUCCCAGGAGUGCCAAAACAUAGUCCACGAUCUCUGACUGAUGUUGUUUGUGAGUCUAGGUACUCUAAGGUUGCACCCUCCACUGAUGGUGAAGUUAUUUUCCGAGUUCUUCCUCCUUCCUUAAAAAUAGAUGAUCCAUAUUCUAUUGAAGUUCAAAACCUUUUGAAGAUGACAAACUUGAGGAUUAACUUUACUAAACUUCAUACCCUUGGUGAUGAUUUUCUUGACAAUAGACCAGAAAUUCAGGAAAAAUAUUACUACUCUAUUUUUGAAAUGAUAGUUCGUGGGUCCUGCUCAUGCUACGGACAUGCUUCUCGGUGUCUGCCUCGAGGUGAUGUGACACCUAGACCUGACACGGUGUAUGGUCGUUGUGACUGCACUCAUCAUACAAAAGGGUAUAACUGCGAAAUGUGUGAGGAUUUCUACAAUGACUUGCCAUGGAAGCCUGCUAUUGGAAAACAGAGCAAUGCUUGCAAGGCAUGUAACUGCAACAACCAUGCUACAAAUUGUCACUUUGAUGAGGCUGUUUAUGAAGAAACUGGACGUAUAAGUGGAGGAGUGUGUGAUGGUUGUGAACACAAUACAAUGGGGCGAAACUGUGAACAGUGUACCCAAUUGUUUUACCAUGAUCCUCAGAGAGAUUUUACAGAUCCUGAGGCAUGCCAGCCCUGUGACUGUGAUCCUCGAGGUUCCGUGGAUGAAGGUAUUUGUGACUCUCGCUCUGAUCCUGAAAAUGGAUUGGAGGCUGGCAAGUGCCACUGCAAGCCAAACGUUGAUGGGCGUCGGUGUGACCGCUGCAAGAAUGGUUUCUGGAACUUUGAUGAAAAUAACGCGGAUGGUUGUCAAGCAUGUACCUGCAACACAUUGGGAACUGUGGGUAACCAGGGAUGUGACAUGAACACUGGAGAGUGCACCUGCAAGAGAAAUGUUCACGGAAGGGAUUGCAACCAGUGUUUGCCUGAACACUUUGGACUGUCUGAAGAUCCAGAUGGGUGCAAAGCUUGUGAAUGUGACCCUGGUGGUGCUUAUGACAACAACUGUGAUAUUCUCACAGGUCAAUGCCGAUGCCGCCCUCAUGUUACUGGAAGACAGUGCAACCAGCCUGAUCAGGCUUUCUAUACUGGAUUAAUGGAUUAUAAUGUGUAUGAAGCAGAAAAUGCAUUCGGCAGUGAUGAUUGCCAAGUUGUUACCCGUGAGCCUACACCAGGUGGACAUGAUUCGUUCACUGGCAUUGGCUUUAUGAGGACCUUUGAAAAUUCUGAUUUGAAUUUCACAAUUGAUGAUAUCAGAUCAAGCAUGGAUUAUGACAUAGUCAUUCGAUAUGAGCCGCAGCUUCCUAAUGGUUGGGAAGAUGUACUUGUGACUGUGGAGCGAGAUGGUGAAAUUGACUCAGAUGGUCCUUGUGCUAAUACAAGGCCUGAAGAUGAUAUCAAGCACAUUCGAUUAACAGCUGGGGACAGGAGUGCUGUUGUCAGACCUCCAGCUUGUUUAGAGGCAGGCAAGACUUACCAUAUUAAACUUUCUUUCAAGAAGUAUGAUCAGGAUGGAGAUAAACCUACAGCAUCCAUCCUUGUUGAUUCAAUUGCCUUGGUCCCACGUCCAGAAAGUAUACCAUUUUUCCAAGGCACUCCAGAAAAUAUCAGACAUAGGGACGAUUUUGAAAGGUAUCGGUGCGCAGACUAUUUUAGAUUGCCUACCAGAGGAAUUUCAGUCCCAGAAAUAUGCAAGCAGUUCUAUAAUAGCAUUGGGUUCUUUGUGCAGAAUGGAGCGUAUCCUUGUGAGUGUGAUCCUACUGGAUCUAUAAGUACUCUUUGUACCACACUUGGGGGACAGUGUGAAUGCAAACCCAAUGUUGGAGGUCGUAGGUGUGAUCGUUGUGAAGUGGGAACCUAUGGCUUUGGGCCAGAAGGAUGCCGAGCUUGCGAUUGUAACUCCAUUGGAUCAUUGGACAACAUCUGCAGCAAUUCAGGACAAUGCAAAUGCCGGCCAAAUAUGUAUGGCAGGGACUGUGGUCAAUGUCAACCUGGUUUCUGGAAUUUCCCUACCUGUCAGAGAUGUGAGUGCAAUGGAUAUGCAGAUACUUGUGAUUCCUACACGGGUGCUUGCAUUGAUUGCAGAAAUAACACUAAUGGAACAUAUUGUGACAGAUGUGAUUCUGGUUAUUAUGGAGAUCCCCGAUUGGGGAGGGAUAUUCCUUGUCGUCCUUGUCCUUGCCCGGACACCCAAGAAUCUGGUCAUUCCUUUGCCAAUCAGUGCUCUUUAGAUCCCUACACACAGGAUGUCGUUUGUGAAUGUCAAGAAGGAUAUGCAGGUCCUCGGUGUGAUGUGUGUGGUGAUAAUUAUUUUGGAAACCCUGAUCAACCUGGAGGUUCCUGUAACCUGUGUAACUGCAGCAAGAAUGUUGACGUCUCACGCCCUGGAAACUGUGAUCAUCGCACUGGAGAAUGUCUCCACUGUCUAUUUGACACUGAAGGAUUUAAUUGUGAAGUUUGUAAAGCUGGCUACUAUGGGGAUGCUGUAAAUCAGCGUUGUAUUGCUUGUGUUUGUAAUGUGCUUGGAACAAAUCAAACAAUUGGACCCUGUGACGGUAAGACAGGCCAAUGCCCAUGCUUGCCAAAUGUGGUUGGUUUAUCUUGUGAUGAAUGCAAACCAAAUCAUUGGAAGAUAGCAAGUGGUCAAGGUUGUGAAGCCUGUGAUUGUGAUCCUACAGGAUCAGAUGAAACACAGUGUAAUCCGUUUGAUGGUCAGUGCAAGUGCAGACCAGGAUAUGGUGGCAGGAAGUGUGAUCAAUGUGAGGCCAAUUCAUGGGGUAACCCUAAUAUUGAGUGCCAUCCAUGCCAAUGUAAUGCCGAAGGAGCCGCAACCAUGCAAUGUCACCAGAAUAAUGGCAGUUGUAUUUGCACAAAAGGCAUUGGUGGUUACAAUUGCGAUGAAUGUGCUCGAGGAUAUUUAGGAAAUGUUCCAGACUGUCGGGAAUGUGGGGAAUGUUUCAACAAUUGGGAUCGUGUGUUGGAUGAAUUAAAAAUGCAAACAACUGAGGUGCUGAAAUCAGCCUCUGAAAUUAAACUGAAGGGUGCUACUGGUGCAUACUCAAGGCAGUUUGAACAAAUGGUCAAGAAAAUAGAUGAGGUGAAGACUAUACUUGAUGAGACAAAACUGUCUGCUAAUGAGAUAGAUGGUCUUCAAUCACUUGUGAACCAACUUCGUAAAAAUUUGAACCAGUCAAUGGAUGAACUUGCACAAGUUGAAGACCUUGGCAGAAACACAACUCAGCGAAUCCUAGUGGCCAAUCUCACUCUUGCAGAUCUUGGUGGAAAACUAGACUUACUAAGCAGCACUGCUAAAGGUUUGCAUGAUAAUGCUACUAAGUUGCAAGAAUCAAAUGUUGAAGGGGCGUUGAACUUGACCAGACUAGCAUCACAUAGAUCACGGCAAGCCCAGGUGGAGGCAGAACGGACAAAGGAGCUAUCAGCAGAAGCUGAAAGAUUGUGUCGUCGUACUGAAAAUAUGGUUGGAAAAUCAUCAGAUAGGUUCCAGCAACUUCAAGACGACAAUAGCAAAGAACUUGAAAAUGUCUCUGAGAAGCUAGCAAAGCUUGAGGAUAUGAUCCCUGAGCUAAACAAACAAGUUUGUGGUAGAAGUGACACACCAUCGGAAGACAGCUGUGAUGCACUUUGCGGUGGAGCAGGUUGUGGAUUUUGUGGGGGCUUGCCCUGUGAGAAUGGUGCUGCCCGUAAAGCUGAGCGAGCCCUGGGCUAUGCUCAAGAUGCAGACAAACAAAUUCGUGACAAAGACUCCAAGGCUGAGGACCUCUUCCAAGGUGUUUCAUUUGCACAUCAAGAGACAGAGCAGGCGCAGCGACUUGUGAAAGAAGCUUUGGAAAAAGCCCAAAUUGCAAGAAAUACAUCAGAAGUUAGUCUGAAUGAAAGCACAUCCAUUGUGGAUCGCUUGUCCAACUUCCUUAAUGUGGAUCAUGCAACACCAAAUGAUAUCAGUACAAGGGCCUCUGAGACCUUGAAAAAGGAGAUUCGACGGGAGCCUGAGCAAAUCACCAAGCUUGCUGCUGAUAUCAAUGGGGCAAUUGCCUCCCUGACAGACAUUGACAAGAUUUUGAAUGAGACUCGGGAUGACCUGAACGAUGCUUUAUUACUGAAGAUCCAAGCUACUGAUGCCAAGAAUGAAGCUGCAGGUGUCCUAGCUACGGCCGAAAAGGUUAUCCAAGCUCUUGAGGAGGCAAGAGAAGCUCAAGAAAUGGCAGAGGCAGCCAUUGACAAGGCAACUAAUGACAUUGAGUCUGCUGGCAAAGACCUUGCACAAAUUGCAAGUGAGACUACUGAGGCUCAGACUAAGGCAAACGAGACUAUUGUUGAUGUGGACAAACUUCAAGCUCGUGUUCGUGAUUUACAAACUCGUUUCUUGAAGAACUCUCGUGAUGUUGGAGAACUAAAGGCUGAGGCAGAUAGUGUUGUGCGGGAUGGUGCAAUUGCCAAAGAGGGUGCAUCAAAACUGCGAGCAAAGUAUGAAACAGCUGCUUCUCGUCUUCAGGAUCGUUCCAAGCUUUCCAACAACUCAAGACAGAGGGCCCAAAAGAUUCUGAAUGAAGCUUCAAGUCUACGAAUUCAAACUAAUGAUAAACUGAAAAAACUUCAAGACAUGGGGGAUGUAUACAGUGCCAAUGAAAAACAGCUUUCAACCAUAACAGGUUUGAUAGAUGAAUUGAAUGAGAGAAUGAAUGAUUAUUUACGAAACAUCAAGGGUAAAGCAGAGUACUACAGUAUGUGUACGUCAUAGAAAUAUUUCUUGAAAAUUAGGAAGUAUCACGGCCCCAAACCAGUGAUAAGAUUGUUUCUCAAUUUAUUCUGAAAAUCAUUCCUGCUAAAUUAACAGCCAUGAAUUUUUUUGUCCGAAGAUAUUAGACAUUUUAUUUCUUACUUCAUAUUUUCUUGUGAGGGUUUGGUCAUUGGCACUCCAAUUGAAUUAGUUCCUAUGUACAUCAAUUAAAUGUGUGAACAAAAGACUGAUAGUGUUCACUUCCAUUUUUCCUUGUUCACUUGUUACUCUCUUGAAGUAAGGGUAAGAUGUGAGGACCAAGCAAUCUCACUAGUUCUUGUGUUUAUCCAAGUAUUCCAUGUCUCAAAGCUGUUUUUGUAUCUUUUUCUGAGAUACCAUAGAGAGACUGAAAUUGUGGGAUAUGUGAGAUGUGUUCACUUUCAUCUCAUAAGAUUUGAGAUUUUUCUUUGCAAACGUUGCAAAAUAAUAUCCAGGCAUAUUGAUACAGGGUGCCUUUGGUGGUAAUGUACAAAUUUGGCCUAAUAUUUUGCCUCUUAUCAUGUGACUUAAAGAUAAUGCCUUUUUGUUGAGGCAUGAACUAGAUUAUAUUUAAAUCCUAGAAUUGUUUUAAAAUGUACAUUUUAUUUACCUGCCAAAUUCUAUUAUCAAUUUUAAACAUUUCCUCUGGACACAAGAAGGAUGUUUUCGCUUUGUAAUUAUUCAGCGAGUGUUAUUUAUUUAUUUCCAAAAUGUAGCUUUUGUUUUGUGUCAUAUUGUGAAUUUGGUAUAUUUUAAGAUACUGCCAUUUAUUUAGUUUAUUGAAGAUGUGUUCUUCUAUUUUGCAACUGACUUAAAUUGUGCCUUCUGUGUUUUUGAUAUAUAUCUGUUUUACAAAAGGUUAGAUGGAUAGACUUAAGCCUUUUUUUUAGAAAAAAAACCACCAGUGGAUUUUAAAUUGAAUCAAUUUAUUAUCUCUUGGCUGCCAUAUGGAAUGUAUUUGGUACAUUAGUUGAGACAUUUGUGUAAAAUGCUAGUCUUUAGUUGUUUCUUUUUUUUUCUGGAUACAUGUUGCUGUUUUUUUCUUUUUUUUGCCAAUAGAUUAUUUACAUUUUAGCUAA